AUGUCUGAUACGGUUGAACCAGACUACGUUGAGGGUCUGGGUAUUAGCUCUGGAAAUGGUGGUGGUUACGGUCUAAACACGCCGAGCGCAGGCGAUUUAGAGAAUGGAUUCGCAAGCGGGCCCCUCAACGGUGGGGAAAAUCUCGGAGCGUCUGUGCGUGGUACGCUCGAUGAACCUGUGAGUGCAACUCUCAAGCGUGAUAUUUAUGAGAUCAACGGGCGCCUGAAACAGGUUGUGUACCCUCACUUUCCCUUUGGCGCUGGCGUAGCUGCAGAAGAAUCAGAGAUAACAGCCUCCGCAGACCUUUGGGCCCCUCUAUGUUUCACUAUAUUGUACGCAUUGGCUCUGUCGUUUGGGAGGACGCUCUUUUCCAGUCUUUUUGUGCUGUCGUGGGCCUCAAUGCUUGCGAUGGGAUUGCAUCUGCGCGCAACUAAGCCGCAUGCCGCAGUGUCCUUGAUGUCUUACGUGUCAGGAACCGGCUACUGUCUGUUUCCGCAGGUGAUAAAUGCUGUUUUUAGCUCGGUGUUAUUCCCACUGUUCGUGCAUGUGUUUCCUGCGGUUUCAUGGCGACUUAGAAUAUUGGUUCUGCUUCGCAUCAUCACAUUUGUGCUGUGUUCUGCAUGGUCCUACAAGGCUGCGUGCGUCGUUACCUGCUCAAAUACUAGUGUAGAGCGGUAUCCACUUGCGCUAUUUUUGGUGGGCCUUGGUUGGCUUUGCGUAGUUCUAUAG